UGAAUAUUUUUACUAACUGCCUUCUUCUUCCCUAAAAUUCCACGCUGAAUACAAAAAUCACAGCGAAAAUUCAAAGAGAAAUAAUCAAUCCAGCGCAAUCAAUUCAGGGAAUUAGUACUAGGGAGUUUUAAAUUUUAAGUGUCAUGGCAAGGAUAAAACCUCAAGCUCUUCUACUGCAAAGCAAAAAGAAGAAAGCACCAAGUGGUGUUAGUGUACCUACAAUUAUUGUAUACAUCCUAAUUGUUGCUGUGAUGGUGUUUUCCCUGUUCUCUACAUAUAAAUACUGGUCUCGAAGAUCAAUUCUUCAGACACAGGAUGGUAUAUCAAACAGAAAGUUUAUUGAGCGGAAGAAAUCAGAUAUUCCUAAUUACGCUCUUAUAAGCACCUCGAAAGGACAGAUAACUGUGGAACUUUACAAGGAUGGUUCUCCUGACAUUGUCAAUGAGUUCAUUGAUUUCAGCCAGAAAGGUCACUUCAAAGGGAUGCAAUUUACUCGUGUAGUAAAGAACUUUGUCAUUCAAGGUAGUAAAAUUGAAAACUCUGAAGCUACAGAAGAUUGGACAUCGAGGGGAAAACAUUACAGCCAACUAAACACAAGUCUUAAGCAUGAAGCAUUUAUGCUUGGUACUUCCAAAGCGACACAUGAAGGUGGAGGAUUUGAUCUAUUUAUUACAACAGCACCAAUACCAGAUUUGAACGACAAGAUUAAUAUCUUUGGGCGUGUCAUCAAGGGAGAAGAUGUCGUGCAGGAAAUCGAAGAAGUAGAUACAGAUGACCACUAUCGACCCAAAACUCCUGUACAAAUCAAUGAAGUAACAACUCUCAAGCACAAAACCUGAACUCUCUAUCUAUGAGAUGCAGUUACUUGACAUCGAUGAACAAAAGCAGGCAGCAUCAUCAGUAGAGUUGCUAACUGUGGGUAUGAUGUAAGAUAUGGAUUUCAUUUGUGUAAUUUGGCUAGGCUCCUCCCAAAAAUUUUGGGUUAAAUAACCAAGCCAUUGUAAGAACUACGUUGGUAAAAAAAAGAAGUUUUUGGGAAUGUGGAUCAUUCUUGGCACGA